GGGUGGUGUUAGUACACGUUUGUUUCAACUCCCAGCCUGACAAACUUUGUGUGUGUUUUUUUCUUUUUUUGUGUGUGUGUAACCACGCCUACACAGUGGCUGCCAAGGCUUACCCAUGAGUUAAACCUUCUUUAGUUGGUAAUGAGGAAGGCGUGAGCUUUAGCAGUGGACACCCGAAGGCAGCAGUGGGUGAAAACAAGCAAAAUAAAGAAAAGUUUGGCUGUGAGAAGGUGCUAGACAGCCAGCCAAAGAGACGAGGAGGCAGGAAGAUAGAUCAUUCUCCACCAUCACCACCACAGGGAAGAUCAAGCCACACUUGUACAAAGGAAUUGCAUCUGACAGAUUAACCAUUGCCUCAGCUCCUCCAGGAACUCAGAGUGAGUUCAGAAGAGGAGAGGAAGCAUAUAGUCAGUGAAGGGUUUAGCUGACUUGCCUGUGUCUUCUGAGGUGCUGAGUGGACCAGGGUGUCAGCAGGGAGUCCCCAGGAGGCGAGAGGAGGCCUGUGUGCACAAUGUUCACCCCAGGAACUGAGCGUGGGGGUGUAGGGGUGCCCACUCCCCCACCCACCACCCCUGCCAGCUACUCAUCCGCCAGUGCUAGGGUGGCAGCGGCUCGGAGGCGUAGUGGUCUCUUAACCUCAGGGGCAAGGCAGUCCCCUUUUGGCACUCCAGGACGAUCCACACCCCUAAACCGCUCCCUGCAUACCUCCCAGCUGCUGGAGGCGGCUGGGCAGUACACCAUGGAAUUUUACGGCUCCUCGCUUCCCACACUAGUCAAGGAGGCUCUCACAUUUGCUGACCGCAAUGUGGAGAUGUCAGCCGUGCUCUCGGAGGAGGGGUGGGCCUGGCUGGUGUGUGGGCGGCGGCUGCUGGUGUGGAAGUACAGGCAGGAAGAGAGUCGAUCGCGCCUUGUCAACCACCAGUUCCGUGAGCUGACUCUCCCACCCUCUGACCUGGCUCACCGUGCCCAGCUGGUGGUGGUUUAUACUCCAGCUGAGGGACAGGUGCCGUCAUGCAUUGCUGCUUCCCCUGAGGGCUUUGUGAGGUACUGGGGCACCAUCACCCAUGAGGCGUCCUACUGUGAGGUCAGCACUGAGCUCCAGGGACAAGAGUGUGAAAGCCUGGUCUCCCUCGGUGCUGGGUUAGGCUGUCUCCUGGCCACCACCACCUCCACCACCCUCCUGCUGCAGCCUGGGGGAGGCCUCGGGGGUGGACAGACCAUCAACGUGCGGCAUCUGAAGGCACCAGCGGGUCUCCUUGGGGGCAUAUCACGUCGUGUCUCCUCCCUCGUGUUUGGAUCCAUGCCCACACAAGCUCCUGAGGCUAGGCUGGUGAGGGCAGUGGGGGUACCAGGAGCACAUGGGGAGGAGCGGGCCAUCUUGGUGCUCUCUGCCAACAGCUUGCAGAAGUGGUACCUCGCCCCAGGCCAGGCUGACCAACUGGUGUACGAGUGUAAUGUGGAGAAGCACAUUCGAGAGAGUUUUGUCGACCAUGUUUGGGGGCGGGAGCGUGCUGGAGCCACACAGCUGAGGGUGUGGCUGGUGGACAUGCAGCCGGCAGCAGGAGGCUCGGCUGUCAUGGUCCUGACAGCCGCCGUCAACCCUCAAGUGUCGCAGCAGCUGGUCUAUGCACUGGCCACUAUGGAGACAGGGGGCACCACUCCACCAACCACAGUGAACAAUUUCUCCGUCUUGAAGCAUUCCGAGUACUACCAGGAGUCAGCAGAGAAUGUGCUGCUGGCUCAGAGGUUCCUGCUGUGUGGGACUACGGCAUACAUCUACAACAAGAACACUGUGCUCUGUGUGUCAGCAGUGGGUGAAGGGGACAGUGGAGACCGGGUGGAGUUCUCAGGUGCAGGUGACAGCAUCCUGGGUGUAGGCCGUUCCCAAAGGUUGCCACUCUUCUUCUCGGCAACCCACGGCAUUGUCUCCAUCACACCAACUGCUGCCAACACGAGCACUCUGGGAGGGAUGGUGAAUGAGAGCAUGACAGAGGAGGUAUCCCGACUGACAGAGGGACUGAACCUGAGUCUUGGAGUCUGGACCGAGGGUGGAGCAGACCAGGACAAGACCACAAGGCUCCAGGCAGCUUUCCUUCACUAUAACAAGGGCAAUGUAGCACAGUCGCAGCUACUGCUUGAUGAGUUGUUCCCAGGCUCAGACACCUCACAGCUAGACUCGGCCGUGCUGCAGCUGUCUAUCAAUCUCCUGGAUGACUCACCGGCCACAGACCCACGCUGGGCUGAGGCGCUGAAGGGGGCCAUUGGAGGCACAGGGGCGCCAACAUCCCUCAUUGUGUUGAACCAACUCAAAGACAAGACCACUGCCCACCAGUACUUCAUCACCUUCCUGCAGCAGAUGGGACUGUGGCAGCAGCUGAGUGUUGGCAUGGAGAGAGAGACACGCGUGGCCACCAGGACGGCCCUGGCAGAGCACGGACAGAGGCUUGCCUUUGCCACAGCCCUGCGCACCCUGCAUAAUGAACACCAGGAACUUGUGGAUGCAGCCAUCAGGCAUGUUGUGGCAGAGCGAGGCGAGGUCCCCAAGAACAAACUGACUCACGCUGACCUUUUUUACCGAUGUGUGAGUCAAAUUGAGGACAUCAUUGCCGGGGUGCUGAAGGCCCAGCAGGAGGUCCUCUCAGCAGAUGUGGCCCCUCGUGAUCCUGUAGCGACCAUCCACAACGUCAACAAGCUGCUCCUGGCCCUGCUGCACACUGCCAGGGCCCCUUCCCCCACUGUGCCUCCCUCCACCACCACCACAGACACCCCGCUGGAGCACGUGCCCUGGACUGCCACAAGGGGAACCAAGGGCACCAGAACGCUCCUCUUGCAGCAACACCAGACCACUGUACAGGUUGGGUUGGUGAGAGCUGAGGACAGUGCCACAAGGACUAGACUGUACAGCCAGCUGAUCAACCUGGCUGACUUCAUUCUGGCCGACUACCAGCCACACCUGCGCUCCCUGGCUGCCCUGCCCCUGGGUCACGAUGCCCACCAGGACCUCCUCAAGGAGUAUGGGAAGGACAGAUACAGUCUUAUCCAACCUUUAGUGGAUGGGGAGCAAUAUGACCAGGCAGUGAGUCUGGCAGAGAAAUAUUGUGACUUCCGCACGCUGGUGGAAGUGUGUGACCGAACCAACAACCAGGAGAGGCUCACCCAGUACAUGAACAGGUUUGGCUCAGAGGGUUUCUCGGACUUUGUGUUCCGGUGGUACCUUGAGACAGGGAAGCGUGGGAAGCUGCUGUGCCAGGGAGGGGGCCAGCAGGGUGGUGAGCUGGCCAGGUUCCUGCAGGACUACAGCUCCCUGGCAUGGCUGCACCAGAUCAACACCAGGGACUUCACCUCUGCCUGCUCCACCCUCAGGCAUCUGGCUCAGGAGGAGAGCACCUACCUCAGCCGGAAGAAGACAUUACUGAGUCUAAGCAAACUGUGUGGCUUGGUGGCUGGAGGUGGUGAUGGCAGUGGUGCUGGUGGGGCAGACACCACCAAUGGCAGCAUGGUGGUGGAGGAUGACUCUCUAACCCUGGAGGAGGAGCUCAUCCACUACCAAGAGCAGCUGCCUGAGUCUGUCCUCUCAGCACACUUCCUUGACCCAGACACCAUGAGGGUCCUGUCCCCCACCGAACUGAUUCACAUGUACACCAGUGAGGAGAACAUCAGUGCCAAUGAGUUUGACUUCAAGAAAGCCUUGGACUUGAUGUCUUUCGUUGGAGAAGAAGAAGCAGAAGAGCUGCGUCGCCUGGUGUGGGUGAGAGCACUGUUGAGAAAUUCCUGGGACCACCUUGAUACAGACAACCCCAUCCAGGCCCUCAGUGAAACAACCUUCUUCAAGACAGUGGAGCUUGCAUUCACUCAAGGGUGUGAGAUGAGAGAGCUGCUGGUGCCUGUGGAGGAGCUUUUGACGUGUGAGGAACUGGAGAAGCUGUGCCAAGAUGCUAAUUUCAAGUUCCUUCUCCGUGCUGGCUAUGAGCAUGUGGAGAAAUUGAUCGGAUAGCAUUAAGGUUUUUAAUGGAGUGACUUGUUGCGCUCUCUCUCUCUCUCUCUCUCUCUCUCUCUCUCUCUCUCUCUCUCUCUCUCUCUCUCUCUCUCUCUCUCUCUCUCUCUCUCUCUCUCUCUCUCUCUCUCUCUCUCUCUCUCUCUCUCUCUCUCUCUCUUUGUAUGUCAGUACAACAGUAUUUUUUUUUUUGCCUUGUAUGAUUUUCUAUCAGUGAUACCAAAUUUUCUGCUAUAUUUCUGUAUCUUAUUAGUAUACUUACUUUUUAUCACUUGCCUCUUUUCUGUACCCAGUCAGAAGACCCAUAGUUAGCUGCCAAAUUUGUAAUCCUUGUGAUGAAAGUGAUGAACCUUCCACAAAGUUUUGACGUCACAAGAGAUCUUUAUUUUCAUUCCUGCCCUUUUGUAUUUCACUUCAUGUCAUACCAAGAAAUGUGACUAUCUUUAUUGAAACUUUCCAGCUACUACUACUUUUUUUCUUUUUCUUCCUUUUAUUUCAUUCAGUAAUUCUUCAUUCUUUUCCCCAUUUGUUUUCAGUCCUUUCCAUUUUCUUCUUUCUUCCUUCCUCUCUUCUACUCAUUCAUCAUCAUCUACAGUCAUUCAGCAAUACCUCAUUUUAUAGCUCCUCCUUUUCUUUUAUUUCUUGUAAUUCAUUCCUCUUCACAAAUAGACUUUCAGCUAUCUGGUAAUGUAAGUUUUAAUUACCAGACAAGUACAUGUUAAUUGUCACUGCCAAAGCUCCCAUCCAUCCAUGUCUGUGUCUACUAAUGAUGCUAAAGACACAUAUUUUUGUUUUAUCUUACCCAGCGUGAAUCGUGUGUGUGUGUGUGUGUGUGUGUGUGUGUGAGAGAAAUUAGUCUUCAGUGACCAAGUGUUUGUGCGUAAUGUUAAUGGAAAACUUGGAUUAAUAAAGCUACUUUUGAAAA